AUGAUGGCAGUCAGUCACCUCUGCAGACUUUCAGAGCUUCUCUCAUGGCCUGGUGCCUGCUCAUCUCUGGUUGAAUCCAAAUCAAAAUGUGAGUCUUUAUUCCAGCUGGUUCCAGUCCUCGUCUGUCUCCUGGCUCCUCAGCUGAUCAGCGCUCAGCUCGUCCUGCCCGUCGACUGUGAUGACAUCCAUAACAACGACCACAGCAGACCCAGCGGAGUGUACACCAUCUACCCCAUCGGAUCCACGUCUGCUGUCCAGGUGUACUGUGACAUGGACUCACUGGGAGGAGGAUGGACGGUGUUCCAGAGGAGGAUGGAUGGCUCGGUGAACUUCUACAGACCCUGGGAUCAGUAUAAGAUGGGCAUUGGGAGCGCUGCUGGAGAGUACUGGCUCGGUCUUGAAAAUAUUUUCCACCUGACUCUGAGAAGGAAGUACGAGCUGCUGGUGGACAUGGAGGACUUUGAUGGAAACUCGGCGUCUGCUCGUUACACCUCCUUCUCCAUCGACUCUGAGACAGACGGAUACACCCUGCAUGUUUCUGGAUUCAUGGAUGGAGGCGCCGGAGACUCUCUGACCUAUCACAGUGGAAUGAAGUUCUCCACCUUUGACAAAGACCAGGACUCACAGCCUGACAGCAGCUGUGCCAUAACAUUCUUGGGGGCGUUCUGGUACAACGACUGUCAUUACGCCAAUCCAAACGGGGUUUAUCGCUGGGGGGCUGAUGGCACUCUCAGAGCUGUAGGAGUGGAGUGGCACCAUUGGAAAGGCCGGGACUACUCUCUGAAGAGCAUCAGCAUGAAGAUCCGUCCUGUUCAGUAGACCACCAGGACCAAUCAGCUGAUCAUCAACAUGAUCUCUUUAGAUGGUAAACACCAGCCUCUCUGAUCAUGUAGAAGGAGCUCCACAAGGAGACCAGAAGGUUUUCUAAAUCCAGUCUGGUUGAGCUCUGAACACCUGUUGGUUCUUACCUGAUGAGAAUAAAUGAGCAGAAACUGUC